AUGUUGAUGGGUGCGCGCUUGGCUAGGCUUAUGCGCGCACCGACAAGAUCAACAUUCUUGUUCUUCAUCUUUAUUGUCAUGCAAUCUUGCAUGGUAAUGACAUCCUUUGGGGUAUCAGACAAGGAGAUCCUUUUAACGUUCAAGGAGUCGUUAGCAAAUACAAAAGCUAUCAACAAUUGGGAUCCUAAUGUAAACCCUUGUAAUGAGAAUAGAGGAAACUGGAUUGGUAUUAAAUGUCACAAGGGACAUGUUCGGGGUUUGCAGCUUGAAAACAUGGGACUAAUGGGUAACAUAGAUAUUGAUGCACUUGUUUCUUCGCAAUAUUUGAGGACGUUAAGCUUCAUGAACAACACCUUUGCUGGUUCAAUGCCUAGUUUCAACAAACUUACUGCAUUAAGAUCGGUGUACUUAUCGUUUAAUCAUUUCAAUGGAGAGAUUCCGGAUGAUGCCUUUGUCGGUAUGAAAUCUUUGAAGAAAGUUUUAUUGGCGAAUAAUGAGUUUACGGGUAAAAUUCCUUCAUCCCUUGCUGCCUUGCCUAAAAUUUUGGUGUUGUCACUUGAUGGAAACAAAUUUGAAGGCCAAAUACCUGAUUUUCUACAGAAGAGUUUGAGGAAGUUUAAUGUGUCUAACAAUAAUUUGGAAGGCCAAAUUCCUGCCAGCUUAAGCAAUAUGGAUCCCAAUUCUUUUUCAGGCAAUGCUAACCUAUGUGGAUCACCUCUAGAAUCAUGCAAGAAAGGCGGGAAGAAGUUGUCAGUUUUUAAAAUCACUGCUAUUGUGGUAAUGGUAGUUCUUGUAGCAGCAGUCAUUAUUGCAGUUUUCUUCAUAUUCUACUUUAAAAAGAAAUCGAAACCAUUAGAACGAACCUCAACCUUGCACGACAAAAACUGGUUUGAUAUUUCCUAUUCAGAAGGACCAGAACCAGUGGAACCUACAGUACCAGUGAACACUGGACAACAUAAGGUGAAGUCUGAACAUGGGAAGUUGACAUUUGUUAGGGAUGACAGAGAGAAGUUUGAUUUGGAAGACCUGCUUAGAGCUUCAGCAGAGAUUUUAGGGAGUGCAACAUUUGGGUCUUCAUAUAAGGCUAUGAUAAUGAAUGAUCAAGUCGUGGUUGUAAAGAGGUACAAGCAUAUGAACAUUGUGGGAAGAGAAGAGUUUGAUGAGCAUAUGACAAGGCUGGGAAGUUUGAGUCAUCCCAACUUGCUGCCUCUUGUGGCCUAUUAUUAUAGGAAAGAAGAGAAGCUGUUGAUUUCUGACUUUGUUGUGAAUGGUAGCUUAGCUAGUGUCCUUCAUGGCAAUCAUUAUGAAGACAAACCAGCACUUGAUUGGCCAACCCGUUUGAGAAUAAUCAAAGGUGUAGCUCGGGGAUUGGCUUACCUCUAUGAUGUCAUCCCUAGCCUAAUUAUACCCCAUGGACACCUAAAAUCUUCAAAUGUGCUUCUAGAUGAGUCCAUGGAUGCCAUACUAGCUGAUUAUGCUCUAUCCCCAGUUAUCAGCCUUGACCUUGUUCAACAGAUCAUGAUGGCUUACAAGUCACCCGAGUUUGCACAACAUGGCCGCAUAACAAAGAAGACUGACAUAUGGAGUUUAGGAAUAUUAAUAUUGGAGAUUUUAACAGGCAAGUUCCCAGAGAACUAUCUCACACAUGUUCAUGAUAGAAAUGCGGAUUUAGCGAGUUGGGUUAACACAAUGAUUAAGGAAAAGCUGGUGAGUGAUGUGUUUGAUUUAGAAAUGGGGGGAGCAAAGAACAGCAAAAGUGAAAUUUUAAAGCUUUUGAAGAUUGGAUUGAGUUGUUGUGAGGAGGAUGUGGAGAGAAGGUUAGAUAUUAAUGAGGUUGUUCGAAUGAUUGAAGAGUUAAAAGAGGGAGAUGGUGAUAGUGAAUAUAUAUCAAGUGUUACCAAUGAUGGGGAUAAUUUUAGAGGUAUGUAAAACACAAAUGAAAACGUACAAAUAUAUUGCAGGGAUCGGAUCAUAUAUUUUUGGCUUCCCAAUGUUGAAGAACAGGAGAUGGACCCACAAUGAAAUAUCAACUUAUUUUUUUGUUUGCCUUUUUAUUUUUUAUUUUGGACAAGAAGUUGGUUUUCAAUGUGUAGGAAUUGGAGCAUGACUUCUGUUUCUUUGUGUAAAGAGUGGCCCUUUUUUUAGAACUAGUUAGGAUUACACACAAUAUGUCUGUCUCUCUCUCUCUA